UCUUAAAAACCCUAUCCACUCUGAGUCUCACCGGCCCCGCCAAAAAAAGAAAACCGCCGAACAAAAAUCUUCCUCGCCGGAACCGGUCAACAAUGGAGAUUUCAACUUCUAAUCCUUCUUCCCUCCACAACUCAUUUCCUCCUCGUCUCCUCUUUCCUUACUUCCAUUACACCAUUCCUCACAAUUACGUUCACUGGGUUCAAACCUCCGAUUCUCAUCUUUUCUCCGCCGAUCUCCCUGGUGUUCGUAAGGAGGAAAUAAAAGUGGAAGUUGAAGAUUCGCGGUACCUGAUUAUUCGAACGGAGGCCGUGGAUGGAGUUACGGUUCCGGCGAAGAGCUUCUCCAGGAAGUUUCGCCUUCCGGUUUUGAUUGAUGUAGAUGGGAUUUCGGCUGGAUUUGAGAACGGAGUUUUGGAGAUUACGGUACCUAGGUCUUUCAGGAGAAGCUCUGUUAUUCAUUCUCCUGAUCAACUUCAACUUCUUGCUAGGGCUGCUUGAUUUAAUUGGGAUUCGAAACUUAACAGCCGAUUUAUCAUUUCGGAUUCGAGUUUGCUGCUUCUGCCUUCUCUUUUCCGUUUGUUGGAAAUUUGAAUUGGAAUGUUGCUGCAAAUGGCGAAAUUUCAAUCUCUGUAUAAUUAGUUUGUCGUGAAUGUGAAGAAUUUAUGUAUCAGUAAUCAACAAAUUGUUAUGUUGUUUACAAAAUAUUUAGAUUAAUAUUGUAGUUUCAAACGGAAAAAAAUUAAAUAGUCUCAUAGAAGGCAGCAACACAAAUUUUAAAAAUAAUAAAAAGUAGCUCACAGGUUGAACCGGCAA